AUGGUCGAGCAGCAGGCGCAGAAGGCCGUGCUAGCGACCGCGACCAAGCAGGAGCCCUCGAGCAGCGCGAUUGAGUCUCCUGCUCUUGCGAGCGCUGCAGCAAAGGGCACUUGCAGCACAGCGACAGCAGCAGCAGCAGCGACAGUCAAGACGGAGCCUGUGGUUGACGUGAACAUGACGGAGGUCGUGAAGACGGAGCCUGCGAAGACGGAGCCGGUCAAGACGGAGCCUCUGGUCGACGUGAACAAGACGGCAAAGCUCGUGCCGGAGCUUCCGUGCGAGGUGCUGCAGUUUGCGCCACUACUGGUUGGCAAGUACUACAUUCGGGACAAGCACGCGGUCUGGUCGGGGAUGUGGGGCAUGAACGAAGCAGCGUUUGGACCGAACGGUGUCACGAGCACGUUUGAGAUGAAGUCGCAGGACGAUGUAGCGAUUCCCACUUGCACUGGCACUGCCGAUGUUGUGCACCCAGCGAUGGUGAACUCGGCUCUUGCGCGGUCGUCUCAGACGUUUAAUGCUGCUGUGCAUGAAGUGUCGCCGGUGUAUUGGGGCUACGAAACGAAUGCAAAGGUGCGGUCGGCAAUGCCUUUUGACGGCAAGUACAGCGGCUCGUUCCAGAUCCGAGCAAUGAAGGGCAAGCCGCAGACAGUGACCGAACAUGAUGUGGAGAUUCGCUUUGUGCACGACGUAGGGAGCCCGUCGCAGUUUAUCGUGUUUGGCUCGGGAGAGAACCGUUUUGGUCAGUUUACUCUGCACGGGUUCUUGGCGAAGGAAACGAAUGAGCUUCGGCUGUACAAAGUCUACAAGCCGAAGGGUCCUGUGAAGCGAGCACUCCCGCGUCGUGCAAGAUCAGCGCGAGCGGCGACUCCGGCCAAGCGCGAAGCAAAAGCGUUGUCGAUCUCGGCGCCAGGCGUUGCUGCCAUUGUGGCGUCUGUGGACGUCGCCAGCAGCGCGACUCCUUUGGCUGCUCCGACGAUAAUUGCUCCACGCAAGCUCAGCACCCCGAGGUUAGAAUAUGCGUCCCCGUCGUUAAUACUAGGCCGCUCGGAGCGAAAGCGAUCGAUUCCUGCGCAUCUUCGAGAAGACAACGUUCUUGAGUUUGAUCAUGCUCCGGUGAGCAUGAAGAAGUGCUUCAGUGUUCUGAAGGGUUUGAUGUCGAAUCCCAAGUCGGCGCCGUUUAUGGUUCCCGUAGAUCCAGCUGCUUUGGGCAUCCCUGAUUAUUUUCACGUAAUUAAAAACCCGAUGGAUCUUGGAACCAUUCGGAACAACUUGGAGACUGGGUUUUACGAUAGCCCGACUGAAUUUGCAGACCACGUGAGACUGGUAUUCCAGAAUGCGAUGCUAUAUAAUGCGGCACACAGCCAAGUACACAUAUAUGCGAACAAGCUAAUGGAUGACUUUGAACGGCGAUUUAAGGGUCUCAAUGCGAAAGUGUCGAGUAAGAGUAAGUUUCCGGACGUGAAGUUGAAAAAAGACCGGAAGGUAGAUGCAGGUUUCUCGUCGAAAAAGAUACGAGGAGGCAAAGGCACAAAGGGGAACACCAAACGGCGUGGUCAUGAUACCGGGUUGAUCAUGUCUUUGAAGGAAGACAUUGAACGCCUGAAAGCGACGCUGGAGCAGCUGCAACCAGGAAUGGCGAAGGCGGGUUCGUGCAGGCUUCCGAAGACCGCCACAAGACCGUUUAAGAUGGAGGACCUGACAGAGGACGAGUUGAACGAGCCGAUGAGUCAUUUGGACAAGGCCCGAUUGAGUUCCGACAUCAAGUUGCUUCCGCAGGACAAGAUCAAUCGUGUCUUGCAGAUCAUUGCUGAAGCUGUUCCGGUAGCAAAGCUGGCUAACGAGAAUGACGAAGUGGAGUUGGACAUCAACGCGUUUGACACCCGGUGCUUGCGAAUGCUGGAGGGAUAUGUUAGGGAAAACGGGAUUGGUCGCAAGCGGAAGCGUCCUGCAAAGAAGGCCAAGCUAGCGCCGGCUGAGAAGCGACUGAAGUCUGCCGAGGUGGCAGCUUUGAACAUCCAGCAGCGCAAAGAGGAACUUCGGAAUCAAUUGGCUGCGAUCGACGGCAGUGGUACAGGUGCGGGCCGUCCGACACCUGGAGAUAGUGGCGACCGACGCCCAGAUCAAGACGUCGUGAUGGACGUACAUGCGGGCACGGAUGGUGCUAAAAAGGGCGGCAACAGCUCCUCGAGCAGUUCGUCCAGCUCUUCGGAGUCAUCGGACUCGGACAGUGAUAGCGAUAGUGAAUCGGACUCGGACGACGGCGGCGCUCCUCUUGAAAGGUCUCCACCACUCGCAAGUGCCCCGAGUUUGUCGCAGCUCGAUCCUUCCGCUUCGGUCCAUGCAGUGGACGCUGCAAAGAAGAUUCGGGAUGAGCAGCUUGCGAGCUCAGAGCCCCUCCGUGUCGAAAACCGUGGGGCUUGGAGUAUGCUGGCUAAGAAAGAGACUCCAAACGGUACGCCGCUGUCUCACGCAAAUGGCGGCAGCCAGUCGAGUUCUUUGUGGCUGUCAGCGCGCUCGAUGGAGCAAAUCAAGCAGCAGAAGAUCCUGCAAAAAGAGAAGGAGCGCACAGAUGAGUUGGAAGCUUUGAAACGUCGUGAGAGUGAACAGCGCGAGAAGGAGAAGGAGCGCGAACAGGCUGAGCGGCGAAAACACGAGAAAGAGCAGUUGGUAAAGCUGGCUGAGGAAAAACGCCUUCGAGAGGAGCGUGUGCGCGAUGCGGAGCGUGUGCGUGAUGCCGAGCGCGUGCGUCUGGCCCAGCUUGCAGUGGAACGUGAGAAGCUGGUGCGAGACGACGAAGUCGAGCUGCACGACGUGACGCUGAGCGAGGACUUAGACGCAUUUAGCUCAUCCUCAUUUUUGUAG